UUUUCUCCUCUGUUUUGACUGGUACCACAAUGGCUUUAUUAUUACAUCUCGCUCUCUGGGCGUCUCUAGUUUCUUUGUCGACUUCAAAACUUCUAAUUGAUGUCCAGCCCAAUGUUAUUUCAGAAGAGCUGACACCAAAACUUGUCAUCAACUGUUCUAUAAGUAACAAUCAAGUACAACAAAUUGAUACUAUCAAAUUUCUUUCACUUGGUCGAUACAAUGAAAACAGUAAAGAGUUUGUAGUGCUAUUGGCCUUAGAAGCCGCAACUUUAAAUCUCACACAACAUGUGCAAUUUCAACGUUCUCAAAUUGGUUUUGGAAAUAUGUAUAUAAGUUUAACAUUUCAAGAGCCAACUCAGUCUGAUGCUAGGGUAUACAGAUGUAAUGUUAUUGGAGACAAUGCUAAGGUAACGAAUAUUUCAGUGGUCAGUAAAAAGGAAGUCAAAUAUGAAACUAUCUCGACACCGUUGAUUGAUGAAAUAAGGCGUUUAAAGAAACAGGCUGAUAAAAACCAAUGCUCUAGUACAAAGGAAGAAAUUACGGACAACAAAACAGAAAGAUCAAAACUUUCUUUCGUUGGAAGCUCUGAAGUUAUCAACGAACUUAUUGAGCCAUUCACCUUAACAUGCUCAUGUCAGGUUUCGAAUCUUCAUCCAGAUACAAAUUAUACAGUUGAAUUCAUGUAUAUAUUACACGAAACAAAUGGUGUUAUCGCUACUAUAAACAAAGGUCAACUCGUUGUUACAGCCAUUCAAGACUUUGGUAAUAAGAAUGUUAAAGGUGAACUCUCUGACACAAAAUUACAAGAUUCAUAUCUUCGUGUCACAUGGAGAGAUUUGAAAUCCUCAGAUUCUGGAAAGUACUUCUGUGGAGCUCAUGUCAUUGAUCCUGAAGGAAGGUCUGAGAGACUGAACGAGAUGGUAACAGUUAAAGUUAAACUCCCAACGUUUGAGGAUUUGGUCAACGUAAUGCACACAUUAUUAAUACAAGUUAAUGAUGACAGAGAAAUUCUACAAGAUAAUACACAAAAUAUAAAAAGCAUUCAAAAGGACUUGAGUACCAAUGUCCUAAGAAUUAACAAAGAUUUGGAUAAUUAUAAAGAAAACUUUAUAAGAAUAAAUACAGAUUUGGAUUCGAAACAACAAAACAUCAUAAACAUUAAACAAGACUUGGAUAAUCAAAAACUGAACAUCAUCAGAAUUAAUAAAGAUUUGGAUACCAAGGAACAACAGUUUACACAAUUUAACAUAGAUCUGGAUUCUAAGCAACAAACUAUUAUAAGAAUUGACAAAGAUUUGAACGCUACAGAACACAGUAUUAUAAGAAUUGACAAAGAUUUGAACGCUACAGAACACAGUAUUAUAAGAAUUGACAAAGAUUUGAAUGCUACAGAACACAGUAUUAUACGAAUUAACAAAGAUUUGAACGCUACAGAACACAGUAUUAUAAGAAUUGACAAAGAUUUGAAUGCUACAGAACACAGUAUUAUACGAAUUACUAAAGAUUUAGACUCUAAACAACAAACUAUUUUCAGCAUACAACAAGACUGUAAGAGCACUAAAAAAGACUUCAAUGAGUAUAAACAAAAUAUGAGCAUCUUCAAAGAAACUCAGGAGACAGUCUUUUUAAAUGUGUCAUCUUCAUUGACAGAAGUCAAACAAGAAGUGGAGAAAGUUUCCCUAGAAUUGUCAGAUGGCGCACAAAGUACCACAGGUUAUAAACACAUAGCGUCUUGUCAAGUCAGAAGUAUUGACUCCCGCGUGAUUGUGCUGUUAAUUUCCGGGUUAAAGGUCAUGUGUGACACCAAGACAGACGGCGGUGGAUGGAUCAUCUUUCAGAGAAGAAUCAACGGAAAAGUAGAUUUCUAUAGAGGCUGGAAGGAGUAUCGUGACGGCUUUGGAGAUUACAACAUUGGCGAAUUUUAUCUGGGAAAUGAAAUCAUUUUUAAUUUAACUUCUACUGGAAAAUAUGAUUUAAGAAUAGAUUUAGAAUUUGAAAACACAAAAUAUUUUGCGCAGUAUAAAGACUUUAAAGUAUUGAGUGAGACUGAGAAAUAUAAACUACAGAUAGGAAACUAUUUAGGAAAUGCUAGUAAUCAGUUAUUUUAUCAUAACAACAAGUUCUUUACCACUUAUGAUAGUGAUAAUGACGAGCAUCGGAGUGUUAACUGUGCAGUAGACAGAUCAGGCGCCUGAUGGUACCAUAGUUGUCAUGACUCUAAUCUGAACGGUAAAUGGGGAAGUACAUUAGGGAAUAAGGGAAUGAACUGGUAUGGUGUAACUCAAUAUUCUAACAGUGUCUCCUUUACAGAAAUGAAGAUAAGAGAAAGAGAAUAAACGAACAUCUUAUACAAAUAAAUAACGUUAAGUCUGGAUUAUUAAGGAACAUCAAGAAUGUAGAAUUUAUUCUCAAAAGCAAAUGUAAUUUUAUAUCUAAUAUUGUAACAGAAACUAUACAGUUGUAUGUUUAUGUGUAUCAAAGAAUAAACGAAACCAAUAACUUACAA